AUGAUGGCGAUUCUCCCGCAGUUUGUGGACCGGGUCAGCCACAGCUCCCCUUUGCGCUCUGUUGUUGUCUGCUCGCAGCUGCCCGUGGCUUUCCGCCUCUCUCUGAUCCGGCAGGCCGAAGAGAAGUUCUAUCGGUCGCGUCUCAGCUCAGUUUCCUCUCUCUCCUCGUCGGAUGUUGUCCUAUUCGUCACAGUGGCAUCCGAACUUCGCAGACUGCUGCUGAGCCGUGAAGCUGAGGGCGCCAGUUGCUCUGGUCACCAAUGCGAUGCCCCCCAGAAAAACGAUCUUGCAUGGUGGGAGCUUCUCAAGGGAAAGGUUGUUGCGACGGUUUUCUUCGAGCCUAGCACUCGGACGCGAUGCUCAUUUGAGGCAGCUACACUCCGGCUGGGGGGCAGGCUUAUCAGCUGCGGCGAUAUGCAGACAACUUCGUCGACGAAAAAGGGGGAAUCGCUGGAGGACAGCGUGAGAAUGUUCGCCGCCUACAGUGACGCGAUCGUACUCCGACACCCUGAGAAGGGGUCCAUGGAGCGAGCAGGGGAAGCACUGGACGGCGUGCGACAGGGGCGGCCUCCACGCGCUUUGCUGAGCGCAGGCGAUGGCGCGGGGGAGCACCCGACGCAGGCCCUGCUCGACAUGCUGACUCUGGCGCAGAUUCGACCUCGUUGGUGGCGCGCACAGCUGAAGAUCAUUGAGUCAGGCAGCGGCAGUUCUGGGGGAUCAGAGACUGCGCCAGGCGUUCGUGACGCGCGACCGACAGACAGUUCACUCGGUGUCGCAUUCGUGGGAGACCUGAAGCACGGCCGGACCGUGCAUUCCCUGGCGAUGCUUCUGUCGCGCUUCGACUGUCAUCUGAUGGCUAUAAGCACAGAAGCCUCCGCCCUCCCCCCGGCAGUGGAAGCGCGUGUGAGGAAAAACUUUGAAGCACAGGGCCUGUCAGGAGAGGAUCGACUCAUCUGCUCUUCAGACUUCAUCGGCGCCAUUCAGGCGGCGGAUGUCCUUUACAUGACCCGCUUGCAGUCCGAGCGGCUUCCUGAAGUCAAUGCCGGUAAACCCGGGCAGUUCCCACCAAGCGAUUACCAGCUGAAUCGGGCUCUGCUCGAGAAACACGCCCGCCCACAUUUACGGGUCAUGCAUCCUCUUCCGCGUCGUGAAGAGGUCGCAGUCGAUGUGGAUGGCACACCCCACUGUGCCUACUUCACCCAGGCGGAGAACGGCCUCUACAUGCGGAUGGCGCUUCUGGCAAUCUUCUUGAAUCAGAAGACGGCGCGCAUGCUUUUAGGAGAGGAGAGUCGAUGGCGAUAA